UAUUGAGUUAAAGUAACAAUGAUAAAAUGACACUCAUAAAUUAUAAAAUUAAAAAAUAUUUAAAAAUUUGAUAUGUGUGAUUUAAUAAAAUUUAGAUAAUAAUUAAAACAUUAUGAUUCUAAAAUUGCAUUAAAAAAUUCUUUAUCUAUUAAUUAUCAAGGCCACAAAUAAUCAUUUUCUAAACUCUUUUAUUUUGAUUUCUUUCCCGGGAAAAUGGGAAGAGCAUGAAAUGAAACCGUUAGAUUAUUGUACGGGCAAAAUAGCUGUUAGGAAUUGGAGUGAACGCAUUUCCUCUCUGUUUGUAAGAAUUGCUACGCCUAAAAACAGCAAAAAUUGGAAUGGAGACUCGGUCAAGAAGAUCAAAGAGGCAAAUAUUAUUGCCAAAAUUUGUCCACUCCUUUCGCUUCUUGCGCGCCUCGCUCACAUUUCCCCCCUCAUUAUUUGUAUCCUAUCUCCCACUUUCCCUUUUCCCUGCAGAGGCACUGGACUAAGGGCUGUGGUUGUGGCGUUCUGGCAUGAGUGCUUGAUUUUGCUGCACUUUUUCUGUGUCACCUAUUAAAACCACAAACAAUUUUACGCUUCCCACCAGAUGGCUGCUGUCUCUGGUCCUCCAUCUCCCACAACAGCGUCUGAGAUGGAGCAUCUUGGGGAUGAGAAGAAAACAAGGAUUGAGUCGUUUAAACAAAAAGCCAUCAAUGCCUCCAAUAAAUUUAGGAAUUCUUUGACCAGAAGGGGUAGGAGAAGUAGCAAAGUAAUGUCCAUUGAAAUUGAGGAUGUCCACGACGCAGAGGAGUUGAAGGUGGUUGAUGCUUUCCGCCAAGUACUUGUAUUGGAGGAACUCCUACCCGCAGCACAUGAUGAUUAUCAUAUGAUGCUCAGAUUUUUGAAGGCAAGGAAAUUCGAUAUUGAGAAAACAAAGCAGAUGUGGUCUGACAUGAUUCAAUGGAGGAAGGAAUUCGGUGCUCACACUGUCAUGGAGGAUUUUCAAUUCAAUGAAAUCAAUGAAGUCUUGCAAUAUUAUCCCCAAGGGCAUCAUGGUGUAGAUAAGGAAGGAAGACCUGUGUACAUUGAAAGACUGGGCCAAGUAGAUUCCACCAAGCUAUUGCAAGUUACAACAAUGGACCGUUAUGUCAAAUACCAUGUGCAGGAGUUUGAGAGAACUUUUAAUGUCAAGUUUCCAGCUUGUUCACUUGCAGCAAAGAAACACAUUGAUCAAAGUACAACCAUCUUGGAUGUCCAAGGAGUGGGCCUCAAAAGUCUUAACAAAACAGCAAGGGAUCUUAUCACUAGCCUUCAGAAGAUUGACGGUGACAACUAUCCAGAGACCUUGAAUCGCAUGUUCAUCAUCAAUGCCGGUUCUGGAUUUAGAAUGCUGUGGAGCACUAUUAAGUCUUUCCUUGACCCUAAGACUACAGCAAAGAUUCACGUUCUUGGCAAUAAAUAUCAGAGCAAGUUACUUGAGAUCAUUGAUGCCAGUGAGUUGCCAGAGUUUUUGGGAGGUAACUGCACUUGUGCUGAUCAAGGAGGGUGUAUGCGUUCUGAUAAGGGCCCUUGGAAAGACCCAGAGAUAUUGAAAAUGGUUCAAAAUGGUGAUCAUAAAUGCACGAAGAAAAGUGGGUCUCAAAAUCCUGAGGAGAAGACAAUUGCUGAGGAUGAGACUGUGAGCUCCAAGGGACAUGAAUCUUCCAUGGAGGUGUCAGCUCCAAAUGUUCCAAGUUUAGAGUAUUCACAAGUCGCACCUAUCCUUGCACAAGUUUCUUCAAAGUUUAAGGACUAUGGCCCUAUAAUUGAGAAGACUGUGGAUAUGACUUGGGAAAAAUUGGCAGAAGAUGAUAAGUAUGUUAUUUCCAAAGCAGCAGAAUGUUACACUAAGUAUGAUGGUUGCAAGGUUCCUGAAGGAACGGGCACUCCAAUUUUUACUGGUGUCAUGGCUUUUGUUAUGGGCAUUGUCACCAUGAUUAAAGUAACACGCAACAUGCCCAAGAAGCUGACCAAUGCCACCAUCUAUUCCAGUCCUGUAUAUUGUGAUGAGAUAGAGGUUAAAGACCGAGCAAAGCAGUCACUUGAAUCUACUAUCUCCAGUGCAGAUUACAUGACUGUCAUCAAACGCGUGGAUCAAUUGGAAGAGAGAGUGAAAGUUCUGAGCAUGAAACCUGCUAUGACACUUGAGAAGGAGGAGAUGUUGAAUGCUGCUAUAAGCAGGGUUGAUACCUUAGAGCAAGAGCUUAUGGCAACCAAGAAGGCUCUGGAGGACUCAUUUGCUCGACAAGAGGAGCUCGUGGCUUACAUUGAGAAAAAGAAGAAGAAGAAGAAGCUGUUCGCCUGGUGAAGGAAGAACACUGGAUUUUUGGAGUUGCAAAGAGAACUGUUGGUGAGCUGAUUUUCUGUUUUCCAGGGCCACCCGGAAGCAAUCUUUUUUAAUGUUUCUUGUACAAAAUAGAAAUCAAAGAUUUUGUCCGGAAGUAUGAUAUCCUUCCACAAUCAUCUGCAAUGAAUUCUGGCAUAUUACAUAUCUAUUCCAAUUGUCAAUACAAAUUGUUGAGUAUAUAUUUUAGAUUUA